AGAGGGGAAUUAUUUUGUGGGCGUACGAUGGCAAACGUUGCUUAGCGAGUUUAUUUGUGUUUUUAGAAUUGAACGUUCAUAAAGUAAACAUUUCACUCAUAAACAGUGCUCGACUCACACGAGAUGACACCUAUUAUAGACCAGAAAGUGUCCAGCCAGCCAGUCGUUUGUGAAGACACUAAGAAAUGAUGGUGUCCCGAAAGCAGAAAAAGGUUUGGCGGUAUGUGGAGGAGGGAAGCCUCUUGAAGCUGAAGUCGUACCUGCGCAAACACAAAGACGUAGGCGUGAAUUUUUCUCAGGGAAAGAGGCAACGGAGCCUCCUGCAUCUAUCCUGCUCUCAGGGUGAUGAUGCCAUCCUCAGGCUGCUGCUGAAACACGGAGCAGAUCCGCUCCAGAGGGACAGAAAUGAGGACACACCGCUACACCUCGCUGCGAAAAGAGCUCGCAAAUACGGCAAAAGAGAUUAUGAUGACCUGGUGGUUCCACUGCGGAAACACUGUCCUGCUGCCCUGGAUGCGCCGAACAAAGCUGGAGUCACUCCUCUUGAUCUGCUCCAAGGACUGAAAUUUGGGCAGAGGAGUGAAGAAGGAGACUCUCCUCAGCACACUGACCCUGAGCAGAAGUGGAGGGAGAAGCUGUUUGGUGAAUGCCAGGAUGAGGUCUUUGAGACAUUUGGGCAGUAUGAUGAUGACUUUCUGUGGGAUGACAAAGACGAGGAAGAUUUUGGAGACUGGGCGGAGCGGAUCAGACGAGAGUACGCGGCGAAGCAGCAGGCCAGGGCACAGAGAGAUGCAGCUUUUCACUGUAGGAAAAGAAAGCACAGGGAGCAGACAGAGGAGGAGGAGAGGAGCCGCAGGGAGCUUCACUCCAGGCUGGAGAGGGAGCACAGGGAGUAUCUGGAGCGCGCUGUACGGAAGGAGGAGGAGACGAAGCAGGGAAAAAAGAGGCGUUAUGAGGAACGCUGCGCUAAAACCUUCAGCAAAUCCACCUCUUCUGGCGCGGAGACCAGCAGCAUGCUGGGAUACGACGACAUCCCCUGGCCGGCACCUCGCGGCUCCCUGGAUGAGAUGUUGGCGGUGAUGUUACACGGUGCUGACCGGUCCGAUAUUCCCACCUUCCGAAAGCUUCUCCGGCAGCAGCAGGCCCUCUGGCACCCGGAUAAAUUUUCCCAGCGCUGCGGCGGGCGGCUGCUGGAGAGAGACAGGCAGAAAAUUCUGGAUACAGUCACGGCUCUCUCUCAGGAGCUCAACAGACUGGCUCAGAACCUCCGGUGACACAUAGCAUGCUGUGACCAUAUGCAAUUUUAGUUGCCUAGUUGGUUCUUGGCUUGGAAUUAUGGUAAAAAAAAUGUAACUGGUAAUGGCUAAACCUUUGAAGGGCCUGUAUCAUGGCAAAAAAUGAAUUUCCCACUCUUUGUUUAAAUAAAAGAGUAUGAAAU